UCUGUGCAUUUCCCCCAUUCGUCGCUCGAUCUCGUAAAUUGUCACUCCUACGUGUAGUCGCAGAGAAGCAACAGCUACUUUUGUGGCGAAGAUGUACACGUAGAACUGGUCGUCAAACAACAUGAGUGACGGUUGUGACAAGAGAGAUGCUUCGCGGAUACGCACUCCUUGGCUUUCACGGUUCUGACUGAAAUUAAGGGAGAUUCGAGUGUAGUGGGAAAUGGAUAUGCCUUUGAGCUAAAAAAGAUUUUCACGGAACAAUCAAUCGUUAGCCAAGUCUUGUUACUGUGGUUUUAUUAAAGUGUGCUGAGAUUUCGACCUGCAGGGUUAGUCACAAACUGCUAUUCAUGUUGCAACCCCAAGGUUCAUGACGAUGGAUUAUUUGCUGUUUUUAUACAGCCUUUUGGUCCCUGUGGUCUCCGCUGUUGAAGAGACUCUUAUGGACAGCAAGUGGGCCACAACCGAGUUAGCCUGGACUACCUAUCCAGAAAGUGGGUGGGAGGAGGUCAGCGGCUAUGACGAUUCCAUGAACCCCAUUCGGACGUACCAGGUGUGCAACGUACUGGAGCCCAACCAGAACAACUGGCUCCGGACAGAUUUCAUCCCACGGCGUGGUGUGCUGCGUGUCUACGUGGAGCUCAAGUUCUCCGUAAGGGACUGCGCCAGCAUCCCUAACAUUCCUGGGUCCUGCAAGGAGACCUUCAAUCUGUUCUACUAUGAGUCUGAUGGAGACACAGCCACCGCAACCAGCCCUUCCUGGCGGGAGAACCCCUACGUGAAGGUGGACACCAUUGCCCCUGAUGAGAGCUUCUCCCUGCUGGAAUCGGGGAUCGUCAACACCAAAGUGCGGAGCUUCGGCCCACUCUCUAAAGCCGGCUUCUACCUGGCCUUCCAGGACCUCGGGGCAUGCAUGUCCCUCAUCUCUGCUAGAGUCUUCUUCAAGAAGUGUUCCACCACCAUUGCCAGCUUCGCUGUCUUCCCCGAGACAGCGACGGGUGCCGAAGCCACCUCGCUGGUGAUUGCUGCUGGGGCCUGUGUCCCCAACGCCGUGGAGGUGUCUGUCCCUCUGAAGCUGUAUUGCAAUGGUGAUGGCGAGUGGAUGGUUCCCGUAGGAUCCUGCACCUGCAUGCCAGGCUUUGAGCCAGCCAAGAAAGACACACAGUGUCAGGCAUGCACCGCUGGCUCCUUCAAGUUUAAACAGGGUGAGAGCUUCUGCAUGCCAUGCCCUCCAAACAGUCAUGCCAACUCCCGAGCAUCCAGUGUGUGCCCAUGCCAGAGCAGCUACCACCGGGCUGACAGCGACUCUCCUGACUUGCCCUGCACCACCAUCCCUUCCGCCCCGCUGAAUGUCAUCUCCAGCGUGAAUGAGACCUCGGUGUCCUUGGAGUGGGCUGAGCCGCGGGACUCUGGCGGCCGGGCUGAUGUCGUCUACAAUGUGGUGUGUAAGAAGUGCUCACAUGGGGGUGGGCCCUGCGCCCGCUGUGACGACAACGUGGAGGUGUCGCCGCGGCGCCUGGGCCUGGCUGAGAGGUGGGCGGCGGUCAGGAACCUGCAGGCACACACGCGGUACAGCUUCGAGAUCCAGGCCGUCAACGGCGUCUCUGCCAAGAGCCCCGCAGCGCCUCACUACGCCACUGUCAACAUCACCACAAACCAAGCGGCUCCCUCAGCCAUUCCCACAGUGCACCUUAUGCGGGCCACAGCCAGCACCCUGAGUCUCUCCUGGUUACCCCCAGACCGGCCAAAUGGGGUCAUUCUGGAUUAUGAGAUCAAGUACCAGGGGCAGGGAGAAUCUUUCUCUCACACGGUCACCGCCCAGACCAGUUCUGCCCGCGUGGAGGGCCUGAAGAGUGGCACGGUGUAUGUUGUCCAGGUACGAGCCCGCACGGUGGCAGGAUACGGCUUGUACAGCAGCCCGGUGGACUUCAGCACAAAUCUGCAUGAUGAUCCAGAGCGGUCAGUGCAGGACCAGCUGCCCCUCAUCAUUGGCUCGGCUUCAGCUGGCUUCGUGGUCAUCAUCGCCAUGGUGGUCAUUGCUGUGGUUUGCCUGAGGAGGCAACGUACUGGCUCUGAGCUGGAGUACACUGAGAAACUCCAGCAGUACGUGUCUCCAGGUGUGAAAGUGUACAUCGACCCAUUCACUUACGAGGACCCCAAUGAGGCUGUCCAUGAGUUUGCCCGCGAGAUCGACAUCUCCUGUGUGAAGAUAGAGGAAGUCAUUGGAGCAGGAGAGUUUGGGGAGGUGUGUCGUGGCAGACUGAAGCAGCCUGGCAGGAAGGAGAUGGCCGUGGCCAUCAAGACUCUGAAGGCGGGCUACACAGAGCGGCAGCGGCGGGACUUCCUGGCAGAGGCCAGCAUCAUGGGCCAGUUCGACCACCCCAAUGUCAUUCGCCUGGAAGGGGUGUUGACCAGGAGCUGUCCAGUGCUGAUCGUCACUGAGUUCAUGGAGAACGGUGCUCUGGAUUCCUUCCUCAGGCUGAACGACGGCAGGUUCACGGUUACUCAACUUGUUGGAAUGCUGCGAGGUGUCGCUGCUGGCAUGAAGUACCUGUCAGACAUGAACUACGUGCACCGCGACCUGGCCGCCCGCAACGUCCUGGUCAACAGCAACCUGGUGUGCAAAGUGUCUGACUUUGGCUUGUCCCGUUUCCUCGAUGACAGUUCGUCGUCUGACCCCACCUACACCAGCUCACUGGGUGGCAAAAUCCCGAUCCGCUGGACCGCCCCCGAGGCUAUCACCUUCCGCAAGUUCACCUCUGCCAGCGAUGUGUGGAGCUAUGGUAUCGUUAUGUGGGAGGUGAUGUCAUUCGGAGAGCGACCCUACUGGGAUAUGAGCAACCAGGACGUGAUGAACGCGGUGGAACAGGACUAUAGGCUACCUCCGCCCAUGGACUGCCCGGCCUCGCUCCACCAGCUGAUGCUAGAAUGCUGGAUGAAGGAGCGGAAUGCCCGGCCGCGUUUCGCCCAGAUUGUCGGCACGCUGGACAAGCUUCUUCGUAACGCUGCCGGCCUGAAGCCGCUGACCUCCGCACAAUCAGGGGACCUGUAUCGUAUUGGCGGAACCCUACCCGGGCAUCAGAGCAAAAGUUUAGGUGGCGUGCAGGACAUGAGGCAGAUGAGUCAAACUCUCCCUAUCCGAGUCUGACCAACCACGGACACCACCUGUGAAGCCUGCAGAGCCAAACUCUCCACUGAAGGCCAUCCUCAGCAACACCACAGGAGACAGCAGGACCAGGUUACCGGACAGCCGUUGGAAAGCUUGUGCAGUGUUUCAUAAAUCUUAUGUCAAACUCCACCCGAAGAACUUGAGGAGAACUUCCUCAAGGGCGACUACUCUCAGACGAUAGACAGGAUGUGUAUAAAAUACUAAGGGGGAAUUGUGUGGCCUAUAAAGCAGACAUGUUUUUUUUGGAAUUCUCUGUGACAGUGCCUCAGGCAGUAGAUUUUUUCUCCGCUUCCUCUUCCUGUCACAGCUUUCACGUUUGCGCUGGACAUUCAUUAUGCAGCUCAAAUCCAUAACAACCAUGUUUCUUCUACUCAGGUUAAGUUUGCAUGCAUGCAUGUGUUUCUCUAACGGCCACCUCGUCGGCCUUUUAAAGAGCUCUUGUUCCAAAAAUGCUAACAUGGCUAACAAUGAAUGAAGCUUCAUCGGGAACAGUUAGCGUUAUGCUAAUUGGCUCUUUCAUUUGUUGCUAACUUUAGCAUUUUUUGGGGGGGUGAAGUAUUGCUUUAACUAAAUCCUUCCUUUUCUCAGCUGGCCUUACUUUCUGACAGUACAGGCAAAGACACAGACUGAAGUAUUAUAAGACAACGGAGUACUAUUUAAGAAAAGACAUGAAUUAAUAAUGUGAGACAGAAGUAGGUGUUUGACGGUGGCUUGAGGACAUUUUUGAUGAUGCCUCAUGUUUUGUUUUUUCCCUUGACCCAUUGAGACUUGCUCUUCUGAUCUUUCCUUCAUAUUGAAGAAAGGAUGGGUGGAGAAGUAGAGAGGAGAGGCUCAGAAAGGAGUUUUUUCCCCAAAGGGGGCAAGAGAGCCACAGAGUGAAUGAACCCUGGAUCGCUACCCUCCGGAGCAUUUUGAGGGAUUAAGCCCCAGGGACCUUUUUAACCAAGCUAAAGUCAACUCCUGCAUAAAUACGACACUGUUUCAUUUUACCUCUGUUGUACUGUCUUCCAUGUUACAGUGUUACAAAUAUCUCAUUGUGACAGUUGCUGGACUGUGAUUGGACAAUGAACCGCAAUCGUGGAAUCACUGUUAACUGUAACUGGAGAGGACUUUGUGGAGUGGGAGUGCAUGAGGAUGCACAGGAACAGAUUCAUAUGCAUGCUAGUUUCAGAGCUCUGUGAUUGACCGUACCAGUGAAGAGAGGCAAUGCGUUGACUGUUGAAACCUGUCGUUUAAUGAAUAAUCCAAUUAUUUCACUCUGUUACGAACAUGCAUAAUUGUGUAAAUAAAUAUGCAUAGUUGUGUAAAUAAAUACAAAUAAGAGAGGAAAUAAGGCCCGCGCAAGUGGUUAAGCUGACCAUUGCACUAAAACCUUCAUCAUCCACGACACGCCCACUACUCAUGCAUGCUGGUCCAUUUGUGUGUCUGUCUGCUUUGCAUGUCAUAGUCUACAAUGCUCUGGGUUCUCUUAGGCAUUUGGAUGUAUAUGUGUGGACUUUGGCAGCAGUUUGUCUGUGUGAUCAGAGAGUCUCCAUCUCCUGUGCAUCUGGCUGAUUUCCCUAGUCAGAUGUCUCUGGGGACCCAGGCUCUCGCUCCUGGCACACGGAGGCGCGUUUGAUCUCCCCAAUUACGGCAGCUGCUGGGGCCGGACCACGCGAACAUCUCAGCGGCAGACUCACCCGCAGCACGCUCGCACCAGGCUUUUUCAACUACCACAGCAAUUUACCGAGAGCUUGCCAGGCCUACAAUCUUAUAGCCUCAUCAGUGCAGUGAGCGAGA